CAUUUCAAUUUGAAAGAAGAGAUAAAAAUGCAAGAAAGACAAAGCAAGCAAAUCAACAUUGAAUUGAAUAACAUUUGAAUCGCCAUUAGUUUAUUUUAUCUUUGUCUUAGUUCCUGUGAUAUUUAUUGUGUGUAAAAUAUAUUUACUAAAUCUACACUCAUGUUCGCAUCGUUGAAAAAAGCUUUAAAAUGGAAUACAUCCAAAUCAUUAGAAAACAAAAACACACAGACGUCCCUUUUGCUGGCAGCAUUUCUUGGUUUACUUGAAGAUGUUUUAUUUUGGAAAAAAAUGUGGAUAUCUUUAUUAUUUAUUUUUCUUCUGAAUAUUAUAUUUCUUGCAAUUGUUCAUCAACAAGUCAACCUUUUAGAAUUCAUUUUAAUGUCAUGCACAGCAGUAGUAAGCAUUGAUGCAUUUGAAAGUUGGCUUAAAUAUAAACAUAGAACUGGAUGUCUUAAAAAGUUGUCUGGCCAUGGAGAUCAAAUAAAUUCUGUGGCGUUACAUUUCAAACUGUGGCUCAAGAAUAGAUGGAAUGAAUUCUUGUUUUUAAGAGAAACAAAUCAUACUAAAGCUUUCCUUUUAAUCAACAUAAUCCUGAUAAUAACUUUUCUCACUGGAAAAUACAUUAGCGGCUAUAUACUAAUAUACAUCUUGUUAAUGUCUAUAUGUCUGUUUUAUAAAGUAAUAUUGCCUAUUAUUAAAAUAUGCAAGAAUAUGAGACAAGACUUUGAAUCUGACUUUGAAUUGGAAGGUCUUAUUCCAGAAGCAUCUGAAGUUGACAUUAAACUAUUAUCUAUUGAACCUGAUCCAGUUCCAGUAAUGGAUGAAAAACAAAUUUAUGAUUAUUGGAAACCAGAAGAUGUGCCAUUGGCCGAAUGCAGUGAUAGUUCCGAGAACAGCAGCUCAUUAGUUACGAAUUUUUCUAUGGAGAAAAUGCAAACUCUGGAUAAAGAUGUUGAUUCUUCUGACACCAGUGAAGAUGAGUACAUUCCUUUAGACCAGCUGAAACAAAAACAAAAGGUGAAAUCUACAUUGGAAGUAGUAGAGCCAACCAGCACAUGGAGCUCUACUGCCUACAACACAUUCUGGAAUAUUACUGGAGCUGUGGCAAAUAUGAUGCAACCAGAAUCUAGCACAACAAAAAGGAAUCGGCUCUCAAGUAUAGAUUCAUCUGAUGGUUUUGAGAUGAUUGACAAAAAUGACUUAUCUUAACAAAUAAAACAAUUAAUGUAGACAAAAAAGUAAUUUUAAUAAGCUCACAUAUUGUGUUAACUGUGUUGUUUGUGUCAUUAUAUUUUACUUCUUUAUUUUUUGAGAAUCACUUGGUAAAAUUAUCUUAAAAAAGUAAGGGUAAAGAGUUGGAAGUAACACCAUUGAAAAAGAUUACAUCUUCAAAAUGUAGAUACAAAUGGAACUGAUUUACAUUACUAUUUACUAUUCCAAAUAUGAGUACCUAACAGGUUUAACCUUUUGACUGCCAUGUUAUAAAAGUGAAGACCUCAGCACCAAGCUAAGAAUACAUUUAGUUAUUUUUCUAGAAUUGUAAAGAUUUUGUCAUCUAAUGUAAAUAUAGAGGAAUAUAAAGAAAAAAAGUGAAUGUAAUUAAAAUAGAGUCACAAGGUCUGCCACGUAGUCGUGACUGGCGAAGCGUCACUCAACAUCUAACUAGUUAGCUGAUUGUAACAUAGCCUUUUUAAACAAAGCAUACAUUAAAUAAAUUAGAAUAUGAAAACUAGAAAAUAGUAUGUUACUUUGUCUCGGGUGUGGUAUUAGUGGGUGGGAGUGCUAGGGUAGGGUUGACUAUAAAGUCAUCCUAACAAGUCAUCACAAAGUCGGCUAUAUCCCAUUCUACGAUUUCACUAACAAAAAUUCGAACCUGAUGUUGUCAAUAUUAUGUUUGGUGUUUUGGAGUUUCAUUAAAUAUUAAAUUAAAUAGCACUGGUGGUCAAAAGGUUAAUCAAGUUUUAACAUUUAUGGGAUUUUUGUAACAUUGCACAUGUUUUGACUAAGUUUAAUGAAUGUGUGUGAACAUUCAACCAUCAGUAACAAUGAAUGAUGAGUACAUAAAAGGUUUAUAAGUGACAUAUCAAUAAAAACUAACAAAAGAAAUUAAACAUUACAAGACAUAUUCUCUAGCUUAGACAUCAUUUCUUGGUGUUGCCUUUUUAGUGCUUUCAAGCGUACCAUAUUCAGAGUAUUUCUUGCCACAAGACCUUCCAACAUGGGUCUGGACAUCUGAAAAAACAAAAUAAAAAAUUAAUGUGUUUUCUCAAUAACAUCUGUUUUAAAGCACCUGCUACAUAAAAGAAUAAUGUUUUCAUACCUAUAUAAUAAACAUAAUGAUGUAUAUGUAUGUACAUAAAACUAUUUAUUUAUUAAUUUUUGGUAUCAAAAUUCGGAAAUGUAUAGAGUAGAAAAUACCCAACAAUAAACUACCUAGUAGUCAUAAAAUUAAACUUGUUCGAAAAUUUGUUCCUAAUUAAAAUAAUUUCGAAUAAAUAUUUUGGUAGUUUUAGUUGAUCAUAAAUAUGAAUCUCUAUUAUUGACUGAAUUUGGGUACCAUUACCUGUAAUAUUUAUAGUUAACGAUUGUGUCAAAAUAUUAGGAGUGUUAUAACAUUUUGAUAAUAAUUUUUAUUGUUAGGUAAUCUACCAUCUUACCAAGAUAUUAUGCAUACUCUAUAUAGGGAGGGAAACCUUGUGUAUAUAAAAGUUUUACUUUGAUUUGAUUUUUUUAUUUAUAUAAUACUCUUAAUAAUUAAGAAUGGUUUACCUUAUCAACUAUGUGUCCAAUUGCUAUAGUUCUGACAGCUGCAUUAUGUUGUCUGUUUAUUAUAUCAUCAAUAUCAUUUGGAUCUGCUUUACUACCAAAAGCUUCAUCUUCCUCCUCUUUUAGUAUUGCUGGCAGUUGUGUCAAUGUCUAAAAUAAGUUAAUAUUGUAACAAUUUAUACUAUCCUCUAAUGGCCGAAAUUAAUAGAUCAAUAUUCCAAAGAUUUUGAAUUGAAAUAGAUUAUUAACUUCGGCUACAUAAACUCUGAUUAGUGUUGAUAAUAUUGUAAUUAUAACUUUGGAUAUAUUCAACGAAAUUGCUUAUACUAAAAAUAUAGGUAGCAACUUUUUUUAAACUCAAAAUGUAAGUUACUUUAUGAUUUGCAUAUGUACAUAGUCCAAAUAAGAGUCAAGUACAUUUAUCUCAUAAAGAGAUGGAGAGUACAUUCUGUCAUUGUAGUACACUACACCAGCAGAUAAAUCUACACUAAUCUGCCUGUUUCUUAUAUUUUGACUUUAUUUGUUAUAAAAGAUCAUAAUCUAUUGAAAGAUGGUUGGCAGUGAGUUAAUAUGCUGGUGUCCGAACCUGCUCAAGAGGAAGGUGUUUAAUAUUUAAUAACAAUAUAUUACUUGGUAGAGUAAACCUAAUCUGUACUUAAAUACUUACCUCAAAAUUGUUUGACAAUAAAGGGUCAUUAUUAUUUAUUA